GCAGUUUCCAUGUCAUGGAUCACGAAAGACGGCGCUGCUCAAGGGUUCUGUGAAGGUAGUUCACGCGGAGCUCCAGUUAGUUUCACUCUGACAGCAGAUGAGGAAGUCACACUCUGUCCGAGAACGAGUAAGAACAGGACUGGGUUUGUGAGAGAAAUUGAUCUGGAUUAACUCACAACAUGUUCCUGGUUUUGGAAGGGUGACACCAAAUCUUUAAGGAAUAAACACCUCAUAAGUUUCUAAGACAACUUUGGCAUUAGGUCACUUCUGGACCCUCAUCUGACUGGAUUACGCACCUUAUCUGCCUGAUGUUUCCACCACUGAGCUUCAGCACGAGAUGGUGUGCUGGGAACUUGGCUGUUUGACAGAGACUCGACAGAAAUGUCGAAGUCAAGUGGACAGGGGAUGUUCAACAGCGAACUUCCCCGGUUCCUGAUUGGAAGUGAGGGUGGUGAGAGCAGAGAGCUGGGUGACACAGACAUGAGGAAGAUCUCAGGGGAUUACGGAGAGGAGGAGGAGGAGGAGGAUGAGGAUCAGUCAGAGCGUCAGAUUGUUGUGGGGAUCUGCUCCAUGAUGAAGAAAUCCAAAUCCAAGCCAAUGACUGAGAUUCUGGAGAGGCUCUGUAAGUUUGAGUACAUCACUGUGGUCAUUUUUCCAGAGGAGGUUAUACUCAACGAACCGGUGGAGAAGUGGCCGUUGUGUGACUGCCUCAUUUCCUUCCAUUCCAAAGGAUUUGCCCUUGACAAAGCUGUAAGUUAUGCCAAACUAAGAAACCCCCUCCUUAUCAACGACCUCGAUAUGCAGUAUUUCAUUCAAGACAGGAGGGAAGUGUACAGGAUUCUACAGGAAGAGGGCAUUGACCUUCCUCGCUAUGCAGUGUUGAACCGGGACCCCGACAGACCAGAGGGUAAAGAUUAAUACUGUGAUCAUAAU